UUCUGUCACCCUUUUGCCCCCAAAUUGAAUUUGCUAAAACCCUAGCCAGGAGGGGUUUAUGCCUAUGCUGGCUGCUGAGGAGGGAUCAUCCCUCUCUCCUCCUUCUCUCUCUCUCUCUCUCAGGUUGCCGCUCUGCACAGUACAGUCCCUGAAGUCCGUUCAUUUCAAUCGACCCUUCGCAAUUCAUCGGCGGAUUCUCCAUCGUCUCGCCAUCUAUGCACCGAAAGGUGAGACCUUUCCCUCGGAACACCCAUAUCUGCGACAACCCAUCAUGCUAAAGAAGUGCGUCAGCGCUCGCCAUCGAUUCUUCAGCUCGAGGAGAGCGGUUUCGACGUGUGCCCUCCGAGCGGAGCCUCCGGCUUCUGUGGCUCCCGGCAAUUCGGCCGAUCAUGGGUCCUUGACUCUGUCUUUGCUGGAGCAGCUCAUUCGGCGGGGGCAGUUCUCGUCCGCGCGGAGCGUGGUUCGGCGGAUGAUAAUUCGUGCUCCGUCGGCUCCUGAUGCGGUCUCGGCAGUCAAUUAUCUGGCUUCGCGAGGAUUGGACCUCGACUUGAAUAGCUGCGGCGCGCUCCUGCGGAAGCUCGUGCAGUGUGGUGAGUACCGGUUGGCUGAGGCGUGGUAUAAUGAGAACGUUGUCGAUAGAGGCAUCGUUCCUGAUUCUUGUAUGAUGGAUCCUAUGAUUGUUUGCUUGUGUAAGUUGGGGAAACUCGGUGAGGCAAAGAGGGAGUUUGAUAGGUGUGUUGAGUUGGGUGCAUUACCAAAUGUGCAAGCUUGUGAUGCAAUUUUUCGAGAACUUUGUGCGCGAGGAAUGGCUUUGGAAGCGUUUGAUUUCUUUGUGGGAUUGAUUGGUGCAGGGGUCAGUAUGAGGAUUGGUUGUUAUAAUCAGUUGAUAGACGCAUUGUGUUUGAAGGGAUACAUGGAUGAAGCAGUUAAAGUAUUCUGCUUGCAGCAGGAGAUCACGGAGCUUCCCCCGACACUCCAUCAGUAUAAAUCACUGUUUUAUGGUCUUUGUAAGAGAGGGCGGAUUGUGGAGGCGGAGCAACUAUCGAUAGAGAUGGAAGCACAGGGCUUUUUUGUUGAUAAAGUUAUGUAUAACUGUCUAAUUUUUGGGUAUAGCAAGGAUAGGAAAAUGAAGAUGGCAGUGAGGAUUUUCUUUAGGAUGCUGAAACUGGGUUGUGAGGUAGAUGAUCAUACCUUUAACACAUUAAUUUAUGGGUUCAUGAAGUGGGGUAUAUUUGAUAAAGGCUGGGCAAUGUACAAACAAAUGGUGGACUCUGGAAUACAGCCUACUGUGGUCACUUACCACAUCAUGAUAAGCAACUAUUGCAGAGAAGGGGAAGUGGACUGUGCAUUGCAGCUGUUAAAUGAGAUGCUUGUCUGCGAUAUAACUCCUAGUGUGCACUCUUAUACAACUUUGAUUGCUUCACUUUACAAGAAAGACAAGUUGACUGAAGCAGAUGAAUUGUGCAAAAGGAUGUUGGACAAUGGGGUUCUCCCUGACCCUAUUUUUUUCCUUGUUGUCAUAAGGAUGCACCCGAGAGGGUGUGAACUUCAGCUUGCUUAUAUGAUGUUGCAAGCUAUUGGCAAUUCUGUGUCCUUAGCUUCUAAUACUUGGGAUGACAGCAUGGAUUUUGGGCAAAACAUUGAGCAUCUACUUGAGGGAAUCGCAAGAAAGGAUUUGAAUCUGGCCAGUAUUGCUUUUGCUAUUUGCAUUAGUGCUUUAUGUGAGAGAGGAGAUAUUGAUGCUGCUAUUCUCCUUGUGGAUAAAGCAGAUAGUGUUGGAUGCCAACUGAUGCUUUUUACAUAUAAUUCACUUAUCAAGUGUCUAUGCUACAAAGGGCUAUUUGAGGAAGCUGAAUCCCUCCAUGAUCUAAUACAAGACAGGGGUAUAGUUCCAGACUUGGAAACUUACCUAAUAAUGAUAAAUGGUUAUUGCAAGCAAGGGAAUUUGCAGUCAGCUUAUCGCGUCAUGGACCAAAUUAGUGAGAGAGGACUGAAGCCCAAUGUCGCCAUGUAUGACUGCAUUAUAGGUUCUCUAAGCAGUAUAAAGAGAAUUUCUGAGGCAGAAGACCUUUUCAAGAGAAUGCUUGAGGAUGGCGUGGAUCCUGAUGAGACUAUAUACAUGACGAUGAUAAAUGCUUAUGCCAGAAGUGGAAGACUUCUUGAAGCUAGCGAAUUGUUUGAUAAAAUGAUAGAUAAUUUUAUCAAGCCAACUUCAUAUUCCUAUACUGCACUUAUAAAUGGCUUGGUAAAGAGAGAUAUGACUGAGAAGGGGUGCAUAUACCUUGAUAAGAUGAUUGGAGAUGGUUAUGAGCCAAAUAACGUGCUCUAUACCUCCCUUAUUGGCCAUUAUUUAAGAGGAGGAGAGUUUAAAUUUGCCUUUAUGCUAGUUGAUUUGAUGUACAAAAACCAGAUCAAAUGUGAUCUCGUCACCUAUAUUGUUGUGUUACGGGGUGUAUGCAGACAUAUCAGUGGCAUAAAGCAUAAAUGGGGCAUCACAAGUAGAGCAUCUUAUAAAGCAAGAAAAAUGCUGUUUGAUUUGCUACAGAGUAGGAGUUUGGCAACAAUUGAUAGAAACCUUAAAGUUCCUGUAAAUUUGCCAGAAGCAAUGAAGCACUUUGCAUUGAAUCUGUUCAAGAAAAUUAAGGAUAGUGAAUUUAUGCCAAAUCUAUUCCUAUAUAAUGGCUUAAUAUCUGGUUUUUGCCGAGCGAACAUGAUUGAGGAUGCCUAUCACCAUGUUGAGUUGAUGCAAAGAGAGGGGUUACAACCCAAUCAGGUGACUUAUACAAUUCUGAUAGGGGAGCACAUAAAUCGAGGUGAAAUUGAUAGUGCUGUUGGCUUAUUCAACAAGAUGAAUGCUGAUGGUUGUCUUCCGGAUGGACUUGCAUACAAUAGGUUAGUGAGAGGCCUUUGUAGUUGUGGAAGGCUGUUGGAUGGGUUAUCGCUUGUUUAUGCAAUGCAUAAGAGGGGUUUAUUUCCGAGUAAGUUGUCUUAUAAUUGUUUAUUGAACCAACUUUGCUCAAGCGGAUUGAAUAUUCAUGCCUUCAAGAUAUUUGAAGAAAUGCUUACCCAUAACAUCAUUCCGAGCGUUCGCUGCUCUAAUUUGCUGCAUUCCAACUUAUGUGUAAGUGGGAGGUGGCAUGAAGCUCAAAUAAUCCACCAUUUGAUGCAUAAAGAGGAAAAUGUCUCUGGACAACUCAAUGAGAAGGUUUUUGGUUGACUCAUGCUAUAGAUAAGGAGAUCUCCAUUUGGCUAUCUAUGAGAAAACAAAUGGUUUUGUUAUGGGGGAACUUUACUGGAAGUUGGUAUUACUAUAUCCUUGGUCCUUCUUUAUCAGUUGUCAUUUCAAUUGGCAAUCUUAAUCAUUGGAAAAGUUAGAAACUCAUUGCUAAGGGCCAUCUCACCCUCUUACCAGAGAGGAGGAAGCUCUUCUUGCACUUCUCUGCACAUGUGAAAGACAUGGUUGUGCUGCUUUUGACUAUUUGGUGGAUGUUGCUGUGGAAGCAUUUGGAUUCUAGACAAUAAGCACUUUACACAGUAACUCAGCAAAUGUUGUGGAGUUGUUUGAGCUUCUUUGGCUGCUUGAGUUGGUAGUCAUGCUGAGUUAACUGAUGCAUUGCCUUUUAGUGCAUUAUGGGAAGUGAACGGAAGAGAAAAGCAUGCGAGUGUGGCAUCUGAGAAUCAGUAAUUCAUCUCAUGUAUGAUUUCUGCCCAUCAUACAAUUCCAGAAUGCUUUUUGCAGCAUUGUCAUUUAAAGAAAAGCUGGAUGAGACCUCCUCAUGGCAUGGUGGGUUUCCAUGGAAUUGUGUUCCUAUAGUUUGGACCCCUUUCUUUGGUGAGAAAAAGAACCACUUUGGGUCAGUGAUGGACUGGCCAGAAUUGAACGUGGCAUAACUCGGGGCAAGAUGGUAUUCGUGGGGCAAUUUGUCUGAUCCCUAACAUCGAGGUGGACCUAUUGAUUUCAAGUGAAGGAUUGGGUCACAGCUACCGUUACUUUCCAUUUCUGGAUCUGCAAGAGUAUCAGGUGAAUCAAUUGUAUUGUUACGGCGUCAAGACUCCUGAAGAACUUGCAAGGCCGAAUGCAAAGUCGAACAAGAUCCUGGUGGGCACAUUUCAUUUGUAAACCGAGCAGAGGUUCAUUUUUUCCUGAAUUUUGUCUUCCUCUUUAUUAGCUAUUGUUUGCGUGAGAUUUUUUUUCUUUCUUCCAUUGUGAUGAAGUAGAGAAGACAAGACAAUGACGAACUGUGGAGUUUAAGAUCUUUCAACAUGGUAGAUGGAUAUUUCAUGUUUCUAGAGGAGUAUGUGACUGAUUUGGACCAGAUCGUUUUCUGACUUUAGUGCCCAGAAUUAAAGUGACUGCCGGUUUGUUC